UUCGAAGGUGUUAAUUUUUGAUACAUUUGUGCGUUGUGAUGUUGAUGUUUAUAAAAUAAUUAUUUUGAAUCAUUUCUUAUAAAAUGGCCAUCGAAAAUAAACGUAAAGCAGACGAUUCAUCUGCUUUGGUACCCGUGCCAAAAAAAUCCAAGAAUGAAGUUGCAGUGGGAAAUAAAAAUAAAUCGGUUUUGCAGGCGGCACCGGCAAGAACUUCGAAUUUAUUCGCACCUAUUAUGGUGUGUGAAGGGCACGAAGGAGAAGUAUUUACUGUAGACUUUCACCCAGAAGGGCAAUACUUUGCUACAUCUGGAUUUGAUAGAAAAGUCUUUUUGUGGAGUGUUUAUGGAGAAUGUGAAAAUAUAUCUGUUAUGACUGGACAUACUGGAGCCGUUACAGAGUUACAUUUUACACCUGAUGGUUCCAAUGUUAUCACCUCGUCGACGGAUUAUACUUUGGGACUUUGGGACGUUGUAACCAGUCAGAGAGUUAGAAAGUAUAAGGGACACACCACAUUUGUUAACAGUAUCCAUGGUGCCCGCAGAGGCCCUCAGCUGAUGGUAUCGGGGGGUGAUGAUAGUACUGUGAGAAUAUGGGACCAGAGAAAGAAACAGUGCAGUUUUACUAUGGACUCUGUAUACCAAACUACAGCAGUUACUUUUAAUGAUACUGCUGAGCAAGUUUUUAGUGGUGGAAUUGACAAUGAUAUAAAGGUUUGGGAUGUCAGAAACAAGGAGAUCUUGUAUACAUUAAAAGGUCACACUGACACAGUAACUGGCCUGGCAUUAAGCUAUGAUGGAUCCUAUGUGUUAAGUAACUCGAUGGAUAAUACCCUCAGAAUAUGGGAUGUUAGACCCUAUGCUCCUGUAGAAAGAUGUGUAAAAGUAUUUAACGGACAUCAACAUAACUUUGAGAAAAACCUUUUGAGAUGUGCAUGGUCACCUGAUGGAAAUAAGGUUAGUGCUGGAUCAGCAGAUCGGUUUGUGUAUGUUUGGGACACGACGUCUCGUAGGAUAAUAUACAAACUUCCCGGCCAUAAUGGCAGUGUCAAUGCUGUAGCUUUUCAUCCAAAUGAACCCAUUAUUGCGUCAGUGGGUAGUGACAAACUAGUUUACAUUGGAGAAAUUGAUUAAUGUUCCUUUAGUGUGUAUUUGUAAUUAAAGAUAUGCGAAAUACAUUUUUUAUUUAUGGUGGUUCUUAGAAAAUUAUUAAAACACAUUUUAGGA